UGUUACUGCUAAAAUUGUCAUUGUAACUAUCAAAGGAUUUUCUGCGACUUCUACGUUGGAUGUGCAACAUGCAGAUACUUCGUGCUAUUUGCAACAUUCUCCAAUGGUUGAUAGAAAUGUUGAUUAUUCCUCUUCUUACUCUCUGCCGAAUUCUCUGCCGAAUAGCAACCAUCAUCACGAUCCUAGUGCCCAUCAUGUUCAUCCUUUACAUCGAGAAUACAGGUGCAAUUGUAUUUCAUGUGGUCAUUAUGAAUUUAAAAGUGAAUCUUCUCAGGAAGAUCCUAUUACUGCUCGUUUAAAUUCCCUUGGUAUUUCUCAAGAUAAUAAUGACUAUCCGAAACGCCGAAAGCUGUCAAUUUCAGAAAAGACUUCUUAUGAUUAUAGGACAACGUUGCCACCAUUGAUGGAACACUCUAACUCUCUUUCGCAUACACAUGAUCAGUCUGUUUGUACGAAUGCUACAUUCGAUUAUUCAUCACAAUGUACUGUUUCAAAUGGUCACACGAAUCACACGAAUGCACCUAUAUCUUCUCAGCUAUCUCCUGUUUAUCCAUCUUACCAUCCCAAUUCUCGAUCUCCCCUUUCAAAAAUACCACCAAUAAGAUCCCGCACAUUACCAUCAUCAUAUAUCAGCUCGCAACAACAACAUCACCAAUUACCAACUCCACGAACAUCAAUCGAUGCACAAUUAACGCAAUAUCCCAGAAAAUCCUUUGAUAGUUACAAUGACAAUUUUAGCAGUAACACUAGUGACAAUAAUAAUA